ACUGGAAUCCUCGAUCCAAGGGGUCGAACCUAAUGCUAAAAUCCCGUAAAGAUACUCGUAAGGUCAUUUGCUGAUCAGAGCAAUAAACUCGGUACGACAUUGACCACCUAAAGUCUUCUUCACCUUCGCUUUGCUCUUCCCCGACAGGAAUGUUGCCAGUAAAUGCCAUGGAAAGAGAAGUAAAUCCCAUUGGACAGAGAAGUACAAAUUUUUUUCUCCAAACCGUGUGGAGAAGAAGAGCCGAAGAACUUUCUUCCUUUGAUAAGAUGCAUUAGUUAAUGCAUAUGUAUGUUAUAUAUAAGAUGUAUAUAUAUAUAUAUAUGUGAACAUGUUUAUAGCUAAUCUGCACUGCAACGCACAAUCUUCGGACAAGUCUAGUUUGUCUUCCAUUCUCUGAAAUAGCCUUCCAUUCCAUAUAUAUUCCCACCCGACAUGGCCCCUGGCUCGUGCGGUACCAGCGCCAGUAAAAGUAGCAGCUACAAUCGAAGUGGAUCGGGUAAUGGGCUCAAUGGUCCCACGCUCUCACUAGAUUUGAGAGCCGUCAGAAUUGAGAGCAUCAGGUCAUCAGAUGACGAUUUUGGCUCCCCAAGGCUUAUGAUACAUGCGAAUGACGGUGCUCGUGGAAGUGUAGCCAUUCCAGAAUCAGUUAAGAGUAUCUCACCAGAUGGUAGAUUCAAACGGAACAUUACAUACUGGCAGAAGGGCGAUCUUCUGGGUCGUGGCUCCUUUGGCAUUGUUUAUGAAGGAAUUUCUGACGAUGGAUUCUUCUUAGCCGUGAAGGAAGUCUCAUUGCUCGAUGAAGGGCAUCGGGGCAGGACAAGCAUUUCCCAUCUUGAACGGGAGAUUGCUCUGUUAAGCGAGCUCGAGCACGAGAACAUUGUCAGUUAUUAUGGCAUGGAUAAGGAUGAGUCGACUCUCUACAUCUUCCUCGAGCUCAUUUCUAAAGGGUCCCUUGAGAAGAUUUAUCGGAAGUACCCUCUCCAGGACUCUCAAGUCUCUGCAUACACGAGGCAGAUCCUACGUGGGUUGAAGUAUCUCCAUGAUAACAACGUGGUUCACAGGGACAUCAAGUGUGCCAACAUUUUGGUGGAUGCCAAUGGAUCUGCCAAAUUGGCAGAUUUUGGAUUGGCUAAGACAAUCAAAGAUGUCAAUUCUUGCCAGGGGACCGCGAAUUGGAUGGCGCCUGAGGUUGUAAGCUGCAGUAAGACACCGUACGGACUUCCUGCCGAUAUAUGGAGCCUUGGCUGCACUGUAUUGGAGAUGUUAACACGACAAAUUCCUUAUAGUCAUCUGGAAUGGUUUCAGGCACUGCUCAGGAUUGAAAGUGGGAAGCUGCCCAAGAUUCCACAUUCCCUAUCCAGAGAUGCUCGGGACUUCGUAAAGCAAUGCCUGCGAGUAAAUCCUGUUGAUCGCCCGACCGCUGCACAGCUCCUAGACCAUCCAUUCGUGAAGAGGCCACUUUCCAAUUCGCCAACAUCUCCUCUUACUAUUGAUUCUCCCGAUUUAUGAUUAGAGAGACGUUGUUGGACCUAUACAAGGUCUCGAAAGGAUUCGCAGUAGUACGAUACAUGCACGAGAGCUAUAGAAAGGGGGAGUCAUUUGAAAGCAGUUUGUAUUAGAACUCUUAUUCUUUCAGACCAUUGAAGCAUCAUGUAAUGUGUAUCAUGUAAUGCAUUAGAAGUGAGCUAUGGGUUGUAUGCAUGUACAUAGAAAUUAAAAUAAGAUUUAUAUUUGGAUUCAAGGAAAUUCUUGCCUA